AUGUUACUAAAGUGUGUUUGCAGAGCCGGCAUAAUAUCUAUCAAAGGAAUCUUUCCUCGAUGGUACUCCAAUUCUCAAAAAGUGGCCAAUUUGGGGCAAAUAACAGAUUAUUUAGUGGUUAAAGGUGUUCCCAAUUUGUUACAAAAAAUGUUCAAGGAGUCAGUGUUGGCGGAUAACGUUGUUUUUAGACUAUUUCCAACAUCGCAUCCAUAUAUUCCAGUGUUACAUGGAAAAUCAAAAUACAUGGCUUCUUUGAAUGCAAUGCGAAUGAUAGUACGAAAGUUUAUCUUGGGCGAUGAAUGUCGCUUGCAUAUAAGUUCAGUAAAGACUCUAACAUCGACAUCGCAUGAUGAAGAAGUUAAAUCUGCUCUUCAGAGUUAUAAUACCAUAACAUGUAAUGACAAAUUGGUGAUCAAAUGGCAAAGCUGCAUACCGGAAGACCAUUGCAAGAUUACCAAAUUAGAAAUUAAUGACAGAUUGAAAGAGGAGAAACGAGGCAAUGGUGCAGGCGGUUCAUUUUCAAUGAGGUCGGUACCAGUCAUAGACUACAUUUUACAUCCUACAGCCAAUAAUUUGAACCAAAGUGUUAUCUCUGAGUACCUUGAAAAUGCAGCUGAAAGGUCAAUGGAAAAUAAGGUCAACGAAACUCAAAAUUCCAAAGAAGAUGAGAAGAAGAAAAAUGAUGGCGACGGUAAAAGAAGUAAAAAAAAGAGAUUAUCCCGGCUGAUUAAGGGAACAUUCAUAUUCGAAUUUAACGAAGAAAAUUCGAAAAUUCUGGUUCAUACCAUUGAAGAUGUUGAACUGAUCCAUUACGAGAAGAAAAUUGCCACUCGCGGUGCAUUUGCAUGUUAA